GCAAGAAUGAAACGAAUCGUAUAUAUUUACGUGAGCUUCACUCUGAAUCUCAUUAGUAUUAAAUGUAACGUCCUAGGAAAUACUACCGUGUCUUUUGAUCAAAAUUUCUCCGAUUAAAGUUUCUCCGAAUUUAUUCGAAAUAAAGAAAAGUCGUCAGUACUAGCAUAGGUCUCCGAAAACUACACUUUCCUGUUCUUUAAAACAUUGCACUAUAUUUAUACCAGAGUUAGUCAUUAUAGAAAUGACGGAUCCAAUGCAAUAUGCCUUCUUCAAUAGUGUACAAAGAAAUGAAGCACAAGAUAUAAUCAAUGAAUUUGCUAAGAAUUUAAUAAAUAUAUCUGGAAAGUGUAUGGAUAUUGGUUGUGGACCUGGAGAUAUAACAAAUGAUAUUCUCUUAUCAGCUCUUGAUCCAAAUGCAGUAAUAAUUGGUACAGAUAUUUCGAAGAGUAUGAUCGAACAUGCGCAAAAAAUGUAUGGUGACAAUAAACGACUUAAAUUUGAAGUAUUGGAUAUUGAAACUAAAAAUUUGCCUGUAAAAUUCAUUUCCGAGUUUAAUCAUAUAUUUUCAUUUUACACUUUGCAAUGGUGUAGUAACAUGUGGCAAACGUUCGAAAAUAUUUAUCGCAUGCUUCGACCUGGUGGAACAAUACUUAUAAUAUUCGUAGCAGCUCAUGAUUCACUACUUAAAGUUUUGGGAACUAUAGCACAAGAUGACCGCUUUGCACCAUAUAUGCAAAAUUACACAGAAAAAUAUGCUUUGUCAUUUAAUGAUUCAAUAUCUGACAAAAAACUGAAAGAUUUACUUGAAAGUAUUGGGUUUUAUAUUCAUCACUGCAGUCUUCGAGAAUUAAAUAUUUUUGAUUCUGAAAAUCUCUUACUCUCAGUGAUGUCCACAUUCGCAUUUCUGGAUAAGAUGCCAUCUAAUCGAAAAGAAGAAUUUAAGAUUAAUUUUGCAAGCAAAUAUAUAGAAAAAAAAAUUCAAUUAUAUGGUAACAAACAAGAUAAUAUUAAAGACGAAACUGUGUUAGAUAGACAUAAAAUACUGAUUACUUAUGCACAAAAAAAUAUAUCAUAAACACACACACACAUACGUUAUAUCUAUUAAUAUGUUUUGAGUAAUUAUGUAACUUAUAAUUUCUUAUUUGUUAAUGCUAAAAUGUUAAAAGCACGCGCGCAACAAAUAAUACGCAUGCUAUUUCCUGGCUCUUCAAGAUAUUAUAAUAAAAAUAUCAUUUUGUGCUUGGUCCAAUUUUAAAUAAAUCACUUUUUUUUAACGAAUAAAUAUAAUAAAUGCUAUCGAUAUAUGUUUUCAUCUAAAAGAGAGCUAACACUUUAGAAAUUGUAUAUUUAUCAGAUUAUAAGUAGAUAAGAUCACUGUUAAUUAAGACACACACAUGCUCCCCCCCCCCACACACACACAUCUCUCUCAUGAUAAAAAUAUAUAAAGUAAAAGUAAGAUUCAAAUAUUUUAUAUAAAUGUAUAAUAAGCAAAAUCAGGUCAGCAGUCCAUAACAUAAGAUGUUUUACUUUCAAUGAUGAAUGUGGGUUAGUGAAACCUUCAAACCGUUAUUUGCACCGCAUAAUUUUUCCCAAAUUAAUGUAUGUAUAAUAAAUAUACUUCCUAAGAAAAA